UUUUUAAUACUAACCGGAAAAUUGGCAACAUAGAGACUGUAACUUUGACACUGAUCGAAGCUAACUUCAAUUCAUUAACAUUUCAUAAAAAGUAAAUUGCUAUAAUAAAAAAAUGGCUGGUGGAGAAGUAAGUAAAGCUGUUAAACCUCAACUCAGGGGUCUACUAGCUGGACAGAUCAAGAGAAACAUUAUUUUUGCCGCUGCAGUUGCCACCCUAGCAGCUAUUGCACAGAAAAUAUUUGUUAAUGACAAUAGAAAAAGGGCAUAUGCAGAAUUUUACAGGACAUAUGAUAUUGAAAAAUCGUUCAAUGAAAUCAGAAACAAAGGAUUAUUUGAUUCCUGUGAACCAGAUGAAUGAAUAAAUUGUUAUCUGUAUUAGAGAGUAUUAGAUUUUUUUUAUUAAAUUCUGCAGAGAAAAUAUUUGUCCUAAUAAUUUAAUAAACAUUUAAAGCUUA